AUAGGCGACAAGUAGUUCUCAAGUAUAAAACGCAAAGAUUUUUUAGUCGUAAACAAGCGUUCGAUAAUGAAAACAUGAGCGAACUAAAGUAUCUUAGCGGUUUCGGCUCCGAAUUCUCAUCAGAGGACCCGAGGUGUCCUAACUCGCUGCCCGUGGGCCAAAAUAGCCCCCAAAAAUGCCCGUACGGACUCUACGCGGAGCAACUGUCCGGUAGCGCAUUCACAGCUCCUCGAAACGACAACAAACGUACCUGGUUCUACAGAAUUAGGCCGUCGGUGGGUCACGAGCCGUUUUGUAAAUUUCCGGCAGGGAAUAUAACGCACGAUUGGUCCGAGGAGGAGCCCGACCCGAAUCAGAUGCGAUGGAAUCCCUUCGAUUUGCCCGAUCGUUCGAUCGACUUUGUUGAAGGGCUUAACACCAUUUGCGGGGCGGGCGAUCCAAAGACGAAACUUGGACUGGCCGUUCACGUGUACGCCUGCAACGUCCCGAUGAAGAAUCGGGCUUUUUACAACGCGGACGGGGAUUUUUUAAUAGUACCCCAAGCUGGCAUCCUUGUUGUAACUACCGAGUUCGGUAAGAUUAAGGUGGCCCCGAACGAAAUAUGCGUCGUCCAACAAGGAAUGAGGUUUUCCGUGGAUGUCGAGCGACCAUCCAGAGGUUACGUCCUGGAAGUGUUCGGCCGACAUUUUACCCUACCCGAUUUGGGCCCCAUCGGUGCUAACGGGUUGGCUAACCCGCGGGAUUUUUUGACGCCCGUCGCGUGUUACGAAGUGAAGAACGUUCGCUACGAAAUUAUCGGCAAAUAUCACGGUAAAUUGUUCUCCUGCGUACAAGAUCACAGCCCUUUCGACGUCGUCGCGUGGCAUGGGAACUACGUGCCGUUCAAGUACGAUUUGAGCAAGUUCAUGGUCAUAAAUUCGGUUUCGUUUGAUCAUUGCGAUCCCUCCAUAUUCACUGUAUUAACCUGUCAGUCGGAGAAAAUCGGUACGGCUGUGGCCGAUUUCGUCAUAUUUCCACCUAGGUGGUCUGUGCAAGAGCACACCUUCAGACCUCCCUAUUACCACCGCAACUGCAUGUCGGAAUUCAUGGGCCUCAUAUGCGGAGAAUACGAGGCGAAAAAAGGGGCAUUUCUACCGGGCGGAGCAACUUUACACAGCAUCAUGACGCCCCACGGGCCAGACUUUAAUUGUUUCGAGAGCGCCGCGACAGAGGCGCUGAAGCCCUGCAGGGUAGCUGAUGGCACCCAAGCUUUUAUGUUCGAGAGUUGCCUGGGUCUGGCAGUUACGAAAUGGGGAGCGAAGACCUGCGAAAAAUUGGAUCCGGAUUACUACAAGUGCUGGCGGGGCCUUAAAAGUAACUUCACGGGACCGCACUAGAAGUGCCACUCAGGAUCGCAGUACGAACCCAGAUUUAGGCGUACGCAAACUGUCGAAGAAACAACAAAUUUCAUUAAAGUUCUGCAUUUGCA